GGAACGAAAAUUUAUGGAAAGGAAGAGAGGAAGGAUAAAAUGUCUAGAGGGCCGAUUUUUUUUUAUACUCCUAAAAUUCAAGUGUUCGAAUCAGCUCGUGCACUUUAAAAAAAGAGAGGCCGAAUUUUACAUAAAAAUUGGAUGCUUGGUCAGGAAGAGUCUCAUCUCAAUCUCAUGAAAUGCAUCACCAUCUCAAAACCAUGCUCUCCCCCACCCUACGGUGCGCCUGCUCCCAACCCACCUCCCUUCUCACUCCCAAAUCAACCUUUUCCACUUCUUCUUCUUCACUGAACCACCCACAAUGGUCCGGUCUCCACAACUGGAGAGAUGGCCCGCUCAACCACAACCGGUUAUGGGGACCCAACGGGCCCCAACCGCCGCCACCGUCAUCAGUUGAGCCAGAUGACGCCCCGCUGGAGUUGGGUUCUUGUUUAGCUGAGAUGGGUGCUGUGGUUCUCAACACUGCUGACCCUUUAACCAAAUCGAAGCUUUCUCACUUGGCUUAUUCCCGCUGGCGCCAAGAAAAUCUGCCUAUUGGGGUUUGUGAACCUCCCCGUCAACCAGCUCGGCCUCCUAAGCCUCAAUUGGUCUCCCCAAAGGAAAUUCCAGCUCCCAAAAACUCUGGUUUGCCUCUUAAUGCUUACAUGCUGCAUAAUCUUGCUCAUGUGGAGCUAAAUGCUAUUGACUUGGCAUGGGAUACUGUUGUCCGGUUUUCACCAUAUACUGAACUUCUUGGGGAGGGAUUUUUUGCUGAUUUUUCUCAUGUGGCUGAUGACGAGAGUCGCCAUUUCAGUUGGUGUUGGCAAAGACUGGCAGAGCUUGGUUUCAGCUACGGAGACAUGCCAGCGCAUAACCUUCUUUGGAGGGAGUGUGAGAAAUCAUCGGACAAUGUUGCUGCACGUUUGGCUGCUAUCCCACUAGUUCAGGAAGCUAGGGGACUUGAUGCUGGUCCUCGGCUUGUUCAGAAGUUAACCGGAUUUGGAGAUUGUAGGACAUCGAAGAUUGUGGCGAGAAUUGCUGAUGAAGAAGUCGCACAUGUGGCAGUUGGUGUCUACUGGUUCGUCGCAUUAUGCCAAAAAAUGGGCUGUGCUCCUUGCUCCACCUUUAAAGACUUGUUAAAAGAAUACAAUGUGGAGCUGAAGGGGCCCUUCAACUAUUCAGCUCGAGAUGAAGCUGGAAAUCCGCGGGAAUGGUACGAUCCAUCAUCAUCAGCAAAUAACCAGGACAAGAAAGAGCAACUUUCUGAGGUCUAUGACAGGCUUGCAUGCAUAAUCUCAAUGGAGAAAGAGAACUCAAGUAUGAAUGCACCCACAGAGUGAAAAUUGUUUCACAGAUCAACUUUGGUUCUGGAACGUGCAUUUGAAGAUGUAAGCGUAUGGGCUAAAAGCAAAAGAUUGAAUGUUCGCUGUUUUGUGGACAUGCAUCUCUACAGCAAUCAGAGAAGUGAGUUGAAUCAUGUACAUAGCCACAACGAGGCAGCUGGAUAAUCUCUCGUGCGAAUUGCCCCCCACAUUAGCCAGAGGUUCAAAAGGCGUGUCUGCGAGCUAGGCUUCUGGAUUUCUUCAUCUGCACCAGCCCUUACGAAGGCUUCUGGAUUUCUUCAUCUGCACCAGCCCUUACGAAGGCUUCUGGAUUUCUUCAUCUGCACCAGCCCUUCUUCGUAAUAUCUCUUCCUGAUAUGGUGGUGGUGUCGAUAUCGUACAUUUUCGGACUUGGACACAGGUACCCUACUUCUUUGCAUAAUCUUGCUGGGGCAUAAUAUUAGAUCCCGGAGGACAAUCGGAAUCACAAUGAGAUAAGUUGUUUUUAAACCAUUCUGCUCUUUUAAUGGCUGUUUUCAAACAAGAAAUUGAUUUUAUGUAUCCAUGUAGCCGGUGAUGUAGCCUCUUCAAUGUUUUCAAACUUCAGUUUCAAACCGGAUUCGCAAAACAAUAUUGACUGAGGGCAUAGAUUCUCUCCUUGUUAAUACAAGGUAGACCUGGUUGUGGGAGAAUAAUUCAUUUUCAACCUGAUUGGUGAAAAUUGCGGGAC